UAUGUGCUGAUCUUUGCAGUUUAACAAAGAGGAGGAGUUUGGAAGCAAGCUAGAAUAUAAAUCCUGAAAACCUGUUUUUUUUCAGAGAAUAACAGGACGUGAGCCUUGUGUCUAGAUGUUACAAUGGCAAACAAUUCUAUCAAUGUGGAAACCGAGCAGACUACAACCUGCUUGCACUUGACCUUCUAUCAUCCACAAAAUCAUAGGCAAAAUAUAUUUGGCGCUAUUCCGCUACGAACACCACAAGAAAUAAAGGCAGAGGCAACUGUAGCAUUUGGUCGAGAUGUAAAUACUUGCAAAUAUGUAUUUCUGUGCAACAGAGCCUCCCGGAUUCAGUUCGUCAUACAGUUCUUCAAACCAUUGCAUCAUGGCGGCACUGCCUUUGAAAUUAAAAAUGUGAGCAAGAAAGCAAAGUUGUACGUUGACCACUUGGAGCUGAAUUACUUGAACAAGGUUGAUCUUCCUGCCAAAUGCAUAAUACAGUUUGGGGACUUUCAGAUGUUGUUAGAGAAAGAAGAAGGUGAAUCAGAAGAUGUGUUUGAGAUAUCUUGUGAUGUGUCUCGGACCCCCCUUGUUCAGGAAACUCAACAUUUAAUGGUCUCUAUACCUGAAAAUAGCAUAUUAAAUGGGUCAGCUCCUCCAACUUUUCUUAAAUGUUCAAUUGCAGAAGAAACUGAUGAAAAUCAAUUUGUGACUCAUCCAAACGAGGACAUUGGGACUUGAUGUCUGUUAUAGGCAUAUACAGAGUGUUUUGGUUUUUCCUUUAAUGUAUAUUUAUUUUGUUAACACCAAUCCUAUGACUUGUGCUUUUUAAGUAUCAGUGUUGGACUUAAGGGAUAUCCAAUACCAUCUCCUAGCUGGUAAAGAGAAUAGAACUCUAAUUUGGGAUCUAUAAACAGUAGAAAGAGACCAGACUAGUCUGGCUGAAAUGGAAAUUUAGAAGCAGAUGGUCAGAAGAAUUCUUCUGUUGAAGGGAAUCACACAGCCUAAAUGUUGAUUGGGGAACAAGUUAUUAUCGGUUAAAAUUACUCAUUAUCAUGAGUUAAAAAUAUAUACCGGUAACUGGAUUUUUACAUGAGUAGUGGAAAAUUGCCUCUAUCCUUUUUUACUGGGGUAUGUGUUACUUAAUGGAAGGCAGGCGCUACACAGGUGUGGGUGACUGUUCAGUGUGUAAUAACCUAUUUUACCAGUUAUAAAACCAAUUCAUGUAAUUAUUUAUAGUCAAGUGUUGCUAACUUUUAUGUUUGGUGUUAUAACCAUUUUCAGUCACUAACAGACCUCAACAUUCAUUAAUGCCUAGCAUUUUAGGAUAUGUUUUGUUUAUUAAAAACUAAUAUUUGUGUCCAUUUUUGGUUUAAAACAACAACACGCAGCUACCCUGAAAUGCCACCUUACUGAUGUUACAUGAUGUACCAGUAUUGCUUUUAUUUAUUUUUAAAUUGUAUCACACUUACAUUGUGUGUGUGUGUGUGUGUGUAUAUAUAUAUAUAUAU